GUGCUCCCUCUUUCCGUGGACGCUGAACCAACUCGUCCUGCCUCCCCUCCUUUGCGCCGCAGCAACCGUGAUCGUCAUCCACCAUCCAAGUUAGCUAUUUAUGAUGUUGAGCUGCCCGGUUCUUCUGCUCAAGUUGUCUCCUAUCUUAUCUCUAAUCACCUCUUCUCUUUCGGAGUGAUAUUCCUGACCCAGAAGUUCCUGCAGGCGCAGAGCAAGGUCACUGCUCUGGCCUGGAUCUCACUCGCGGCCCUGAUCAUACAGAUCCCUCUUCUCUGGAUCCUCGUCUUCUGGUUCGAUUGGGGUACAACCGGAGCGGCUCUGGCCUACGACAUAACCAGCUGGUGCGUGGCCAUAGCCCAAGUGGUUUAUGUAAUUGGUUGGUGCAAGGAAGGGUGGACCGGGCUGUCGUGGUUGACGUUCGACGACAUUUGGGGGUUUGUCAGGCUCUCGUUGGCCACUGCUGUCAUACUAGCACUAGAGAUUUGUAUGAAUUUCAAUGUAUGGGAAGCUAUGGUGUUCAUUGGUAUAAACAUAGCUAUAACUUAUAAGUCGUCGAAGGACUACUUCUCCAUCAAUUUCACCAACGACAAGGACCUGCAAGUAGCUGUGUCUAAGCUAGCGUUCCUGAUGGGUAUCACCAUGGUUCUCAACAGUGUUCAGCCAGUCAUUUCCGGUCAGGUGUGGCUAUUGGUGCUGGAUGAUGGCAAGGCUGGUGGCUUACAUCAACAUAUUCUGCUACUAUGUAUUCGGGCUGCCACUAGGGGGAUAUGGGGAGGGAUGAUUGCAGGGACGGCGUUGCAGACUCUGAUGCUCUUGUUCAUCCUCUACAGAACCAACUGGAACAAAGAGGUACAAAAUUGGGUGGUGAUCUUGAAGGUGGAGCAAACAACAGAACAAAUGAAGAAAUGGGGUGGCCAUGAAAUCAACGGUGACCGUCAGGAGAAGAAGAUCAAUGGAGCUUGA